AUGAUAACCAAGAAAGCCCAACUUACCGUUGUGGUACUGAUUCUCGCAAUCAUCGGCGUUAUUGUCGGUGUGAUGAUGACUCGACAGGCCAGCAGCUCAGCGAGUAAGUCGUCGAGUACUGCUGUUUUGGAUGCUACGAUCUCCGAUGGUAGUUCGUCCACGGCUAAUUUGUCCGGUACGAAUACGGUUUCAAAGACAAAGAAAAAAAACAAUAGCUCUAGCUCCGGCAGCAAUUCCAUCACUUCGGAUCCGUCCUCAGCCAAGUACACGCUCACGGCCUUUGCUAUCGGUGACUGGGGUACCACGGUAUCACAGGACUCGUGCUGCACCCGGUUUUCUACUUUCAAUGAUUACGAUGUGAAUGCCGAAGACAUUGUCGCCAAUAUCAUGGAUCAGCAAGCAACCGCUGCAUCGGCACCACCACAGUGUAUUGUCAGCCACGGUGACAACUUCUAUUGGACGGGCAUCAACAGUGAAGAGAGCCGUGAUUUACGUUUCACAACCACUUUUGAAAGCAAGUACGACGGACCAAACAUCAAGAGCGUGCCGUGGGUAAAUGUACUGGGUAACCACGACUACGGUGGUGCUAGCUACAUUUGCUCGGACGGCAAAGGCCUUACAAAGUGCUCUUCCGCCGAUGAAUUGGUAAAAGCGCUUUUAAACAAGUUUUCAUGGCAGGCAGACUACAUGAGCCCAAACGACAACCGCUGGGUCUUGAAGGCUCACUUUUACGUAUAUACAAUUAAAGACAGAACUUCGGGUGUCACUAUCGACAUUUUCAAUGUUAAUGCUGGCAAUGCCAGUACUCAUGGUGCUCAACAGACGUGCUGCCAAUGCUACGGCUACGGUAGCGACAAGAAAUGUAAGAACGUUGCCCGUGGUGACAAGCUAUGUGCGGGUGGUGAUACCGAAAUGUUUGACGCUUGUUUUGACAAAUUCACUGAGUCGAGUGACGACUCACGUAAACAACUUGCUAAGGAGGUAGCCGCGUCCACUGCAACGUGGAAAAUUGUCAAUAGCCACUACUCGCCCUACGCUCAUUACGAUGAGGUUGGCAUGAAGAAGUGGUUUGAGAUUCUUCAAGACUCCGGCGUCCAGCUCUGGAUGAACGGCCACACACACGGUGAAAACCACGACUACUCUUCAUCUCUCAAAGUUCACUUUGUGAACAAUGGUGCAGGUGGUGGAAUCCAAAAGGAGUCUGCUAGUGGUAUCCCGGAAUUUGCUACGGAUUCUGUCAAGGCCUUAUGGGCUUAUGGUGGCCAGGAGUAUGGGUUUAUGUCUGUAGAGGCUUCGGACGAGUGGUUGAAGCUACAAUAUCACACGACUGAUGAUACAUGGGUUUUUGCGGAGAACUUUAAGUCAACCACCAUUGGUGGUGUGGCUACAAAGCACUGCUGGUAUAUACCACUUGACGGUAGCAAUGGCAAAGAGUGCUAA